AUGCAGGUGCGGCUCCGCCGUGGCAUACGCCACUUUGGUAGUGCGCUAGCACAUUUUGGGCAGUAUAUUGUGAAGAAUUCCGCUAUCUGGCUGAACUACUUCCGUAUUCAUAUGCUGUACAUUGUCGUGAUGGGCAUGUUUUGGUCCGCUAUGCUCUACGCCUCGAAUACCAAAGGUUCUUAUGUACCCUACAUUGAUUGUCUUUUUCUUUCGUUUUCAGCUAUUACCGUGACGGGUCUUACGACGUACCCUUUGAGCCAGCUGACCUUGUGGCAGCAAAUCAUUUUGUUCUGCCUCAUGAUUAGUGGCAACUUGAUUAUCGUGAGCACGACCACCGUCUUAAUUCGCCGGCAUAUUAUCUCGAAACAGAUGCAAAAAGAACUAGAGACAAGUCGUACAAUGAUGCAGCGUGUCCAUGAUGUCGAGAAAAAGGAGCGGAUGCUGCGUGAGCAGGAACUCAAUCGCGUUCGUCGUUGGUUUGGCGUGCCGAUACAGCAUAAGGAUGACAUGGAGCCAGCUCCGCCGAAACGGCUACCCAAGGGCGGGAAACAUGCACAUUCGAAAAUUCAUGCAGGCAUGAUCCAUCGUGUCGAUGGCCCAGCAGUGCUGAUCAACCCCACAGGUCAGCAAACAACAGUGGUACAGAACAAUGAAGUGGCUGAAGAGGCGCCAGCAGCAGAGUCAUCGGCUGCUGCAAUGAAGGCUGCUACUGCUGCUGCUGCAGGUAUGCAGUCAGUCCAGGGGAACAAUGAUGAGGCACCGAUACCUUCCAUUUUGCAACGGCCCGAGUCGCCUGAGGUGCAGACCAUUUUACACGGUCACCCUCACAGCGGCUCCAUGGGUGGACAGUCGACGUUUUUAUCGAUAAGUGAACGGCCUGUAGCCACAAGUAUCACGAUGCACAACGAUCCAGGUAACACGGUACGUAUUGAGGACAAUGCGGCGUACAUACCGCGACGCCUCUCCACCAGUGCCGCCCCGGGCGUAUCCACGCAGUUUGCUCUACCCAGCCCAGUGCAAAGUGAUUCGGAGGAAGAGAGCACUACAAAUACCCACCGUUGGUCGAAAUUUAUGCGCCACCGUCAUCAAAUGCACAGGAUUCCUGCAAAAACGCUGCAUCGUACGAUGACAAAAAACAUGAAUUCGGGCAUGGGUCAAUUUCCAUCUGUAUUUGACUUGGCUGGAACAUUGCUUGAGCUGUCGCAUGCGAAGAAGAAGUUCUCCGUGCCGAAAGUCCGAACGAUGGCCACGGCUCAGACAAACCAUGAUUGGGACGGUGAUAGCGAGACAAAGCUCGUGCCGUACCUGACCUUCGACGCAUUGGUCACAGGCAACUCGCAUUUCCAUGGGUUGACAGCGGCGCAGCGAAGUGAGCUGGGUGGCGUCGAGUACCGUGCCCUUACGCUACUUGCGUGGCUGAUUCCCACGUACUGGUUUACAUGGGUCAUCAUCUGCAUCGUAUUUACCGCGCCGUACCUGGCAUCGACGCCAGGAACACAGUACCGCUAUGCUUUGCAGCAGCAGGCCAAACCACCGCACAACUCCACGUGGUUUUGGAUUUUUAAUGUGGUAAGUGCGAUGACCAACACAGGCUUUUCGUUAGCCGAUAACAGCAUGAUGGAACCGUUAGCACACGGCUACAUGAUGUUGUUACCGAUGAUGAUUUUGAUUGUCAUUGGCAACACAGGUUUUCCGAUUAUUUUGCGUUUCAUUAUUUGGGUCAUGUCCAAGUGUGUGCGGAAGACAUCGUAUAUGUUUGAGUCACUGACUUUUUUGCUGGACCAUCCGCGUCGGUGUUACUUGUAUCUCUUCCCGUCUGGAAAUACAUGGGUUCUGUUGAUAGCACUGUUAACGCUCAACAUAUUGGACUGGUUCCUACUCAUGGUCACUGACUUGAACAGUCGUUAUUCGUUCCCCAGCAACGGCACCUGGAUUGCAUCUGCGCUGUUCCAGUCGGUGUCCACACGGUCAUGCGGUUUUCAGACCUUUGCUACACCAAAGCUCGCACCUGCCGAGCAGCUUCUUCAGGCUGUCAUGAUGUACAUUUCUGCGUUCCCAAUUAUUAUGACGAUGCGUAGUACCAAUGUGUACGAAGACCGUUCACUCUUUGUCAUGGACCCGCCCACAAUGAGUGAAAAGAAUAGUACCACCAAAUCUGAUGACCAGCAGGUCGUGUGGGGCCGCUUCCUUUCUUCGCAUAUUCGCAACCAGUUGGCCUACGAUCUGUGGUGGGUCGCAUUAGCAUUGUGGAUUGCAUGUCUUGCGGACCGUGGAAAGAUUGAGAAUCCUGACCACCCUAACAUGACAGUAUUUGGCCUACUCUACGAGCUUGUGUCAGCAUACGGCACGGUUGGAAUGAGCUUCGGUGCAGAUUCCAAGUCAACAUCGCUAGUGGGCGAGAUGACUGUGCUGUCAAAACUCGUAAUGAUCGCUGUCAUGAUCCGUGGACGUCAUCGUGGCCUGCCGAGCGCCAUUGACCGUGCCGUAAUGUUACCGCAUAGCAUGGAACAUCAUGAUAAGGAGGCGACACGACGCCAAACUACGUUGAUGGGCGACAGUCUAAGCGCUCGAAAAGUGAGUAUGCACCGAACCACAACCAAUCCAUCGCUGCAUCGCGCAGAUACCCGAGCAAGCGAGCGGCCAUCAGCACGACGAUAUGCCACAGCCAUGUCACACCAGAAGAGGAAGCACGGGAUGUUCCCACACUCUACGGCUCAUUUCUCCGUCCCGAAGCCCCUGACCAGACACAGUCAUCGACGUGCACGGUCCAUGGACGACGACUUGACGUUGUACCAUACUCUCACAAUUGAGCCGUUACGCGAAUCGCCAGAGCCCAUGUAA